AUGUCGUUUAUUGCAGUCAAACUCCUCCGUCUGGGCUACUCCCAAGCGAAAAAACACCACGCAAAGAAAAACCAAGAACAGCAAUACCAAGACGCCGCCGCCGCCGGCUACCCCCAGCCCUACCUGAUGAGCGCGUACCCAGCGGGCGCAGCCCCAGGAACGAAUAUGCACUUCCCUCCUCCCGCACCAGCACCAUCCCCAGCGCCCGCCCCGGCCAGCGCAGGCGCAAAGAUCAUGUUCAUGAUCAUGUCCGGCGUGCGAUUCUUGCAGUUCGUCUUCGGCCUCACGGUCAUCGGCCUCUACGGCCGAGACGUGCGGCACGACCACGAAACCGACGGCACCUGGCACGCGAAAUGGGUGUUCGCACUGAUCGCCGCGUUCCUGGCGACCGUCACGGCCAUCGUGCACAUGGCAAUUCCGUUCUGUAUGCGGCGCGUCAAGAAGAAUGCGUCGCUGGCGGCAUCGCCGAUGCCUGGGCUGCUGCUGCCGCAGUUUGCGUGGGAGUUUGUGCUCUGUGUGCUGUGGCUCGUCCUAUUUGGUGUCUUUGGAAAGAUGUAUAUCGGCGUGCAUGCUAGUGCUGCUGAUGGUGACAAGAAGAUGAAGGAGGCGAUGACUGCGGCGCUGGGUGAUGCUGAUAAGAUCGAUCGGAUGCGCCAUGCUGUGUGGAUUGAUUUGAUUAAUCUGGCUAUGUGGGCGCUUACAGCUGCUUGGGUUUUGUUGCGCUGGCUCAAGAGUCGGAGGGCGGCUGCUGCUUCUGGUGGUGGUGAUGCUGAGAAGGGGGAUGGGUCAGCGAUUUAG